UUACCACCGCAACGGAAGAGCAAGAGCAGAAGAAAAUGGUUACAUACUGAAAAUCAUCAUGAACGAUUUAGAAGCUGAAAGAACUCAUUCUGAGCGUUCAUCUGUAGGAAUGGGAAGUGAAAUAAAUCUUUGUAGCCUGAGGAUAGAUCCCAAGCAAAACAGAUUUCCACACUGCAUUGUCUGGACUCCCAUUCCAUGCUUAACCUGGCUGUUGCCUAUCAUCGGACAUAUGGGGAUAUGCACCACCUCUGGUAUCAUUAGAGACUUUGCUGGACCCUACUAUGUUUCUGAAGAUGAUAUGGCUUUUGGGAAUCCAGUCAAAUAUUGGCAGCUGGAUCUAUCAAGAGUAAGAAAUGGGAAGGACUCAUGGGAUCGAUCUAUAGCUGAGGCUUCUGAAGAAUACAAGCACAGAAUGCACAAUCUUUGUUGUGACAACUGCCAUUCCCAUGUGGCCAUGGCCCUGAACCUGAUGAACUUCAAUGGGAGCAGUAGCUGGAAUAUGAUCAAGCUGUGUUUUUACAUGCUGAUAUAUGGGAAGUAUGUCAGCUUCUGUGGGUUCCUGAAAACCUGGCUUCCAUUCAUCAUCCUUGUUGGCGUGGUGCUUGCUAUUGUUUUCUUGACACAAGGGACUUAACUGCACACUUGGAAUUUAAUAAAUCUGUUCCUUUAAUUUAAGAAGUUUAUCAUCUCCUUCCCGCAACAAUCACCAGUUUUAUUCAACUUUGCAAAUUUAUUUUCAUAGAAAGUGAAAGGAGUAAACAAAUGUAGAUUUUGUGAAAUACUUUUUUCUUAUCGUGAUAAAAACCAUUCCGCUGAUUACUUUUGAUUACUGAUGUAACAAUUGAAUACAACAGUUUUAUUCUUUAUGUGUCACUUUGACAUUUGUCCAUGCACUUUGAACUUGAGUUAGCUCACUAACUUAUAUUGAGGAUCUAAUCAUGACAUAUUUUUUGCAUUGUAUUUUUGUAUAAGUAAUUUCUACAUCUCAUGUUUUUAAAUAAAUACUAUUCUUUUACUUGUCAAAAGGAAUUAAAAUAAAAUAACCCACCUGAUGUGCAUUUAUAAUAUUUUUAGAAUUGUAAACAUCAUAGUAAUUAAAUAGCACAGCAAACAGUAUUCUUUUAGCCCUUGUUGAAAAAGCAGGAUUUUGUUAAACUCUACUUAACUACCCUUGCACAUGCUUUCUUUGUGUACAUUUAAAUUUUAUCUGCUUCAGUGUGUUUUGAAAUUUUAUGGGUCUAGUUUUUCUUUUUUUUUUAUUUAAUAAUGAUGAAGUCAUUUUUUUAAUGUCUUGAUAUGACUACUGUUUGCUUUUUUAAGAUUAUUUACAUUGUAGUGAUUGAUACAUUUAUAAUUUUAAAAGUAAAGUUCCCUUUUUGGACCUGACAGUCUAUCGGGCAAGUGAAGUAGAGUGCAUCUGAUUCUGUGGCCUCAUCAUAUAAAGGGAUAGUGUUGUCAGCACUAUGACCAGCCACCGAAAGUCUUGAGGUCAAACCCGGGUCCAAGUCAGUAGAACAUCCCUGAGUCCACCUAGCUCUGAUGGGUUCUAAAUCAAGUUAGCCAAGAUAAAGAUACAUAUAUUUUGACAGAAAUAUUUAACAAAAAACAUUUUGCUGGUAUUUUUUUUUUUUUAAAUAUAGCUAAAUUAAGGUUAUGUAAUGCUGUAUUUCAAAGCAUUUUCUUAAUGAAAUGAUUAUUUAUAGUUACUUUAUUUGCUUCUAAUGUACUUUUGUUUUACUUAUAAAGUGAAAUAUGUUUGAAGUUGCAUAUGGGGUAAAGUUCUCGUUUACUUUGUAUUGAGGUUAUAUGGUUGAUUCAUUACCCUCUAGAGUUAAGUCUAAUAAACUCAAAGGCAAUGGUUAUUUAGGUGCUUUGGUUUAAACUCUACCUUCAGCUGUCCACAAUUCUCUUAUUCUCUAACACAGUGUUCUUUAUUUAGUCAUUGAAUGGGUUCAAAAUGUGUACACUAGAUAGUUUUUUUCUGUCAAUUUUCAGAAACUAUUCAAGAUCAUGCUUUUUUAAAUUGUAACUUCUUCCAAAGCUUUUUAAAAAAAACCUUUGCUUUAAACAAAAAUAGUAAAAUUAGAAUACACCCAGUAUUUUUACACUAGUAAUAUGUCUGCACUCUAUAUAUUAGGUCUGUUACUUGGAAAUAAGUUUUGCUCUUACUAAUGCUUUAAAGAUAUCAAAACUAAAUGUUCAGGGGUAAAAUUAAUUUGCUUUUUUUGAAGGUGUCCACCAUCUCUCUAUAUUACAAGAUAAAACUACGCUUAUGUUGUAUAUUUGUAAAUAAAAUCUGUUUUACACUGAU